AUGGAUUACGAAAUGGACAUCGAGGCCACGGGCCCGCAGGUCACCGUUCGCGAGGCUGAACCCUACCGCGUCGACUUCAAACUGUCCAGCGUCGAUCUCUCGCUCGCAAACGCUCUGCGCCGCACCAUGCUCGCCGAGGUGCCCACGGUGGCGAUCGACAUUGUCGAAGUCGAGAGCAACACCUCUGUCCUGCCCGACGAGUUUCUGGCGCACCGGUUGGGUUUGGUGCCGCUCAAUAGCAAAAACUGCGAUCAGGAUAUGGAGUAUAAUCGCGACUGUACCUGUGAGAGCUUCUGCUCGCGGUGCAGCGUGCGGCUGACGCUGCAUGCGCGCUGUAACCAGUCCGAUGAGGUCAUGAAGGUUUACUCGCGCGAUCUCAUGGUUUCGGGCGACAGAGCCAAUGAGUGGGUGGGCAACCCCGUCAUCACGGACCCGGAGGGCAAAGGUCCCUUGAUCGCAAAGUUGAUCAAGGGCCAGGAGCUCAAGCUGUCCUGCAUUGCUCGCAAGGGUAUUGCCAAGGAGCAUGCAAAGUGGGCGCCAACUUCGGCUAUUGGGUUUGAGUAUGAUCCUCACAACAACUUGAAGCACAGCGACUAUUGGUACGAGGAGGAUCCGAUCAAAGAAUGGCCCGUGUCGGAAAAUGCCAAGUGGGAAACACCCAACCCCCCCGACCAGCCCUUUGAUUACGACGCCCAACCAACCACUUUUUACAUGGACGUCGAGUCAAUCGGCAACCUCGAGCCCGACGCCAUCGUGCAGCAGGGCAUCUACACACUACAGACCAAACUGGCCACGAUCAUGGACACGCUGACCAACCCCAGCGGCUCCGGCGCGCAGGUGAACGGGCUCGGCGGCGCCGACGACGACGACAUGGCGCUGGGCGGCGGCGUGCGCUCGCCAGAUGCGUACGAACCGCCCGAGAUUGAUGCUGGCCUGGGUGGCGGCGGGUUUACGGCGUAUGGUCAGGCUGCUAAUGGGGGAAAUAGGAGUGCCUGGGGUGGCGGUGCCACGCCGUAUGGUACUACCCCGUACGGCGGCGCGACUAACUACGGCGGUUACUGA